AUGGCAAACCAAUCAGGAGUGAAUGAAUUCUUGCUGAAUGGAUUCCCGGACACUCCAGAGCUGAAGAUACUUCACAUCAUUGUUUUUCUCAUACUGUAUGUGGUGGCCCUUACAGAAAACUUUCUCAUCAUCACAGUCAUCAUCUACAGCCAUCAGCUCCAUACACCCAUGUACUUCUUCCUGGCUAACCUCUCAUUCCAAGACGUUGGCUCUAUAUCAGUCACAGUCCCCAAGUCCGUGGCAAAUACCUUGAUGGACACCCAAGCCAUCUCUUACCCUGGAUGUGUCUGCCAAGUCUUCUUCCUUGUUUUCUUUGUGAUAUCCCACUUUGUCCUCCUUGGUGUCAUGGCAUAUGAUCGCUACAUUGCCAUUUGCAAUCCUCUGCAUUAUGAGACCGUGAUGAACAAGAGAACCUGCAUCCAACUGGCAACCAGUGCAUGGAUUGGUGGCCUUUUCUACUCAAUAUUCCAUUCUGGAAAUGCAUUCACAGUCCAGUUCUGUUCAAGUAUAGUCAACCAGUUCUUUUGUGAAAUUCCACAACUACUUAAGAUGUCUUGCUCGGACACAUAUUUUCCUGAAGUAGGAGUAAUGACUUUCAGUUCUUGUUUAAGUUUCAUUUAUUUUGCACUCAUUGUUUUUUCUUAUGUUCAGAUCUUCAGAGCAGUUUUAAGAAUCCCAUCUACACAAGGGAGACAGAAAGCCUUUUCAACUUGCUUGCCACAUCUUGUUGUCAUUUCCUUGUUCAUGGUGAGUGGUACUUUUGCCUAUUUGAAACCAACCUCCACCUCACCAUCAGUUUUUGAUCUCUUGGUGUCUAUCCUGUACUGCUUAGUGCCACCGGUGAUGAACCCAGUGAUCUAUAGCAUGAGGAACAAAGAACUCAAAAUAGCAUUUUGUAAGUUGAUUGUCAGCAUUUUGCCUCAAUUUGCCACAGAAUAA